AUGUGGUGCUCCAAGACGAAGAAAUCGAAUGACACAUGUCCUUCACAAGAUGAAGCAACAUGCUGUGACCCAAUGAAAGGAGAAGGAAACAUGUUUGCUCACUCGGUGUCAUACCUGUCACAUGCCAACGUACCUUAUGUGCAUCCCUUAUCCAACUGCAUCUCCUCUCAUAAAAACAUGCUUCCAUCAUCCACACCACAUGCAAGUCCCGUUCAAGCCUCCAUGCAUGCUUGUUCUUCACCUCCAUCCACGUCAGCUCAAACCACUCACAUGCCCGAAAAGAAAAACUCUCCAUCGAAAUCUUCAAAAUCUUCUCGUCGAUCACCUUCUCCAAAAACAAACCAUCAAUCUCCUUCCAAUUUAUAUCAUGGAAUCAAAAAGCAACACAAAACUUCAAAAGUUUCUUCUUCGUAUUCUUCAAAAAGUAAAAUCAGUUUGAAAGCUUCAGAUUUGAUUCGAGUGAUGGCUCUUCCUCAAUCGAUGGCUGCGAAAGAGUUGGGAGUGAGUUUAUCGACACUAAAAAGAAGAUUCUAUGAUUUAAAGAUGGGAAGAUGGCCUGGAUUAGCAAAUCCAACUGGAUAUUCACAUUAUUGUUCGAGCUUGACAAGUGACAGCACUUCGGUGAAUUCCAACGAUAGCUCAAGUUCCAAUCUCUCUAGAAAAGCAGAAUUGUCGUACAUUAUGAAUCCAACAAAUUUGGAUGAAAGUUAUUUGGAUCAGAUUGCUCUUGCAGUACUGAACAUUAGCUUUAAACAACAUGUCUUUAAAUAA